UUUGUAGAAGUAUGCGAUCAUGACCUGGGGUUUAGAUGUAAUAGUGGUUCGAUUAUCAACUGUUUGGACGUAUGUAAUGGCAAAAAAGAUUGUGAAGAUGGUUCUGACGAAUUCUUGCGGAAUGAUGUCACAGAAAGCCCCUGUCGAAACCUGGAGUGCCCCAAUGAUCAUGUGAAGUGUAAUUAUGGCGCUUGCAUUCCAAUAAAGUACCAAUGCGAUAACAAUUACAAUUGUGCUGACAAUUCGGAUGAGUGGAAAUAUUAUUGCCACAAACAUAAAGACAAUCCUGAAGAAUUCAAGUCGUGUGAGUCUGGCGAUUUUAUUCCAAAAAAUAAAUUUUGUAACGGAAAAGUCGAUUGUCCUAGAGACGACAGUGACGAAUGGCCACAUUUAUGCAACUUAUGGCCUUGUCCGAUCGAUACGCAUUUCCGUUGCAAAUCUGGUGGAUGUAUUCCUCUAACUAAAAAAUGUGAUAACAAUAAAGAUUGUUAUGAUAAUUCGGACGAGAAAUAUUGUGGUAGAAAAGUAACAAAAAAUCCAGUCUCUACAACACCAAAUCAGGGCUGUCUAAUUAGACAAGAUCCAAAUUAUUAUAUAAAAAAUGUGCUCGAGAAUUAUAACAUUAAUCCCGGGGACCGAGUUCCCGUCAACACACGCAUUAUUAUUAACUGUAGAAAUAACUUCGUCUUGCAUGGAAACUACCACGAACAGAGGAGAAUAUGUGAAAGAAAUGGUGUGUGGGAUUCCCCCCUACCGCAUUGCAUAAAAUAUUGCGAUGCAGAAAUCCUAAACAACAGCAAAUCUACAACAGUCUCAUGUUCAAUUGAAGGAGCGGAGGUUCCUUGUAACAAAAUAGUACCUGAUACGAUUGCGAAAGUGUCGUGUGCUGAUAGUUAUAAAAUGCCGGCACAACUAGGCGAUUCCGCUUCCUAUGAAAUGACCUGCAAAAGCGAUGGAAAUUGGAGUACAAGGAAAGCCAAUUGCGAACCGAUUUGCGGUCGUUACGCAUCAGAUAGCGCAUCAGUAGCUCCAUGGCACGUAGGUGUCAAAACAUAUUUGAACCAGAUGUGCGGAGGUACUAUUGUCUCUCCAAGUAUUGUGAUAACUGCUCUACAUUGCGUCCAAUUUGAAGAUGAACCAGCUCUUAGCGUCGACAAAGUUGUAGUGAUAAUCGCGGGGAAUUCAGUCAAUGUGUCGGAGAUUAUCGUAGGAGG